AUGAGCGGCAACAAUCCCGGCGGAAGCGGUGGUAGCAGUGCCAACAUGCAUGACGCGAUACACUACGGGGAAAUGAUAGAAGCGGACAAAGCAGGUGGGAUAAAGGGUACAUCGGCAUCAAACAGUUACAUGAACCAAGUAAGCAGUAAUAAGAAUCUGCUCUGUACUCCAUCCCACCCUUCCUACCUUAACAGUGGCAACAGCGUUAAUAUGGGAAAGGGUAACCACUUUAAUGCCAUGCCCCCCAGUGGUGGCGACGCGACAAUAAGCAUAACGAGCAGCCUACUAAGUAGUAAUGAACAGAAUGUGCAGUUGAGGCAGCAGAUGGGAAUGAAUAAGAAUUGCGGCGGUGCUUCUGCUCCUUCUGGUACGUCUAGCUCCGGUGCUAGUGCAUCCGUAGGAGCAACAGGGCUGCACGAGUCGUACCAGAAGCCCAUUUUAUCAACCUAUAACAUGAACAGCAUGCAAGUGCAGUCGUCCAUGGGAGGUCACCACAUGAUUAGUGCCAGUCAAGCAGGUGGCAGUGGCACCAACCAGAUGGGAGGUAGAUACAGCAGUAUGAAUUAUCCUAUGCAGGAGAUGAACCCUAAUGUUCAUAUGAACAGUGGAAAGGGUGCCCAUACAACUAGCGAAAUGAAGCAUAAUAGUAAGGAUCCCAAUUUUUUGGGAACAAAUAAUAUGAAACCGAACCCGUUUGUUAAUAACAUGUACUACCAGAGGAACGAUGUGAUGUUAAGGAACAGCUCCAAUAGCUACAAUAUGCAUGGGAACUUUUAUGGGUAUAUGAAUAAUGGGUUUUAUGAUGGCCCUUCGGCCGCACCCUCCAAUUGUUUUAAACCGACUGCCAACAUGAUGAAUAGAGGUAACGGGGCGAGUAACAGCAGUGCUAGUAGCAGUGUUGCGGGAGCUAGCAGCACCGGUGCGAACUACGCAGAUAGUUUGAGCUUGGCUAAUCAUGGAGAGGGGGGUAGCCUGAGCGGUAAGGGCUCCGUGAACCUCAUCGAUAAGUCUGCUUCGUUAAAGUCUAUUCAGGGAAGUAACACCAGCAGUGGUGGCAAUGCUGGAAGCGGAGUGAAUGCCGUUGGAGGAAGUAACAGCAGCAGCGCCGCUAACCUCAGCGGUGGUAACAACAACCCCUGUGCGACGAGCGUCGACUCCACAGGGAUGCCCAACAAUGUGAUGAUGAAUAUGGUCAACAAUAACGUCAUGAUGAAUAGCAUGAUGAUGGGUAGUGGUGCUGCCGGUUCAGGGGGGGCAAAGAAUGCCAUUGGAGCAGGAGGUCUCCCAGGUAUGAACAUGGGCGGCAUGAACAUGGGCAGCAUGAGCAUGGGUGGCAUGAGCAUGGGUGGUUUAGGAGGCAUGCACGGCAUGGCGACCCACCGAUCCAACGCCGCGAUGGAGAAAGCCAAUUCGCUAAGCGAUGUGAACAGCAUGAGAUACCACCAUCCCAUGGGGGGAGCAGGCGGUAACGUGUACAGCAAAAUGGGGUUCAAUAAUUUGAGUGACUACCCUUAUGAUAAUUAUGGAGCGAACCACAUGUCCGCUAAGAGUGAGUGUGGCCCGAUCAGCAAGGAGAGAAAGGGUAGCCAUGGAGGAAAGAAUGCCAGCAAGCAGGGAAAGGGUAGCAAAAAUUUAAAGGAGGAACUUCUUCUAGAGAAGGAUGGCAUGAUGAACAGCGGCUCCCUGGUGAGUGAAGGCAAGAGCAAAUCCACCAGGAAGGGGAAAGGAACUGUAGGGGCAGGGGCCGGAGGAGUAGCCACUGCCUCGAUGGAGCAGUUCAAUGGUAGCGGAAUGAUGAGCAGUGAUCAGCACUCCGCAGGGAUGUAUAAGAAGUACAGCAAGAAUGCGGAAAACCAACUCGAUGUAAAGGAUAAAAAAAUGGGGAGCGGUAACAAUAGCGGCAAUGUCGUUGCUGGGGGAGGAGAAACAGGUAUGAACAGUGGAGCAAGUCACCCCUACAGCAUGUUCCCAAACUACAAUAUAAAGUACCCAAUCAAUGUGGACAUGUUUGGUAGCAUGGGUAUCAACCCGUAUGGCAUGCCAACUAAAGGAGGAAGCACUUACCCUAACAUGAACCUGAUGAAUGGGGUGAGUGGAAGCAGUGGAGCCAACGAAAUGACCAGCAGCGGUGGAAAUAGUAGCACCUCUGCGGGGAGUUCUUACGGAGGGAUGAACAAACUGGGAAGCAUGAACAGCUACAAUAUGAUGAGCGGUUAUGGAGACAACCGGUACAGUAAUUUAAAAUCCAUGGAUCCGAUGAAGUCGUAUAACGAUGGGAUGGUGAUGGGCGGAGGGGGAGCGACUGCGACAGCCCACCAUGGAGGGAGCAACCUUAGCAGUAUGAUGAGUAUGGGUAGCAUGGGCAACGUGGGUAACGUAUCCAACUACAACAACUUGAGCAAUUUCAUGCACAAUCGAAACUACCCGAAUGACGUGAACAUGCGGAUGCUGAGCGGUAGAGGCGUGAUGGGGGUGAACAAUCCCACCAACAUGUGUAACAGUCAGACCAGCAUGAUGAUGAUGGAUGGGGGAGCAGCGGGAGGAGCCGGAGUAGCAAUGCACGCGAACCCCAGUAGUGGGGACCCCCGAUUUCAGAAUGAUGACGGGGACGAAGAGGAAUACGAAUACGAAGAUGAAGAUAUGCAUGGUGAGGCGGCCCUCUAUCGGGGCAGUAAAUACAUGAGGAAGAAUACACAUGGAAGGCCAAGGAACAAAUCGAGAAAGUCGGAGACGCAGAAGAAAGAUAAGAGAAAAAAAAAGAAAAAAAAACACGGAAAUAAUUCGCUCGAUACGGAAGAAGAUGAAGACAACGAUCUGUACGUCAACACGUAUGUGAGGAAAUCUCAUACGAAGAGGAGUAGUAAAAAGUCCCAGCUGUAUGACCCCCUGGAGGAUCGAUACAACGAAAGGGCAAAACGGAAUGAGAAAAACGACAUUUUUGUUUCCCCGUAUAUUGGCGCCGUGGAAGGAAGAAUCAACUUAAGGGAGAGGAGGAAGGUGAAGAAUUACGCACAGAUGGAUAACUACUUCGAAACGGAUGAAGAGGACAAGAAGGUAGACGAGGAGAAGAUGCUGCUCAGACAGGAGAAGCAGAUCAUGGGAGGCAUCGACCGCGUGCUGCACCACAGGAGAAUCCUCGACUACGAAAAUGUGAACAAUAUAAGGAACAACCCCUUCCUGUACAUCAACAAGGGGAGUAAGGGAGGUGUGGCGGUUGGCGAUGCGGCAGGUGGUGAUGGGGCAGUCGCUGAUGGGGCAACUGCUGACGGAACCUCUGCCGAUGGAGCCCCUGAUGACGGAACCGCUGCCGACGGAGCAGAUGGCAAGGGCGCGGGCCUGAACGAGGACCCCACGGUAGACGACUUUUACGAGGAAGAAGACAUCGAAGAUGUGAGUCAAGUGGAGUUCCUAAUCAAGUGGCUAGGAAAGUCACACAUACACAACUUCUUCUGUACGUAUGAUUAUUUAAAACAUUUCAAUGGACUGAAAAAGGUGGAUAAUUAUAUAAAAAAAAUUAAGCAGUCCUUUCAGAAGAGGAAGUACAUGACGGCGGAUGAAAUCGAGCAGGAGAAGAUUUACUCGGAAAUUAAGAAGCAAAUCGAGAUGGACGCAAUUCACGCAGAGAGGAUAGUAACUCACAGGGUGUGUGAAAUAACCGGUGACCAAUUGUUUCUUGUGAAAUGGAUGAGCUGUGCGUAUGACCAGUGUACAGAAGAGACAAGGGAGACCUUAAUCGAUCAUGGAUUUACAAAACUUAUUGAAGAAUAUUUUGACAGAGAAAGUAAGAUCUACGGAGCGAAAGCCAUUUCGAGUGCAUGGAAUAGGGGUCCUCUAACCGCUACCAAGUUUGACCCUUAUAAUGAGACGCCAUUUUAUCUGAAUGGGAAGAAGUUGAGAGCAUACCAGUUGACCGGUCUCAAUUGGAUGGUUAGUAGAAUGAAGCGAAGUUUAAGUGUCCUAUUAGCCGACGAGAUGGGAUUAGGGAAAACGGUACAAACUAUUUCCGUCGUUGGACACAUGCUAUAUAAAGAGAAGUUAAUUGGACCAUAUCUUAUCAUCGUGCCGCAAUCCACCGUUGAUAAUUGGUUAAAUGAGUUUAAGAGUUGGCUACCCCAAGCGAAUGUCGUCUGCUACCAUGGGAAUGCCGUCAGCAGAGAGCUCAUAAGGACCCACGAACUGAAGAAGGUAUACGUCCCUAACAAGGGGUACCGCUAUAAAUUUGAUGUGUGCAUUACGACUCCGUCCAUAUUAAACAGCAUUAGCGAUGUGGAGUUGCUGAAGAGGAUGCCCUGGCAGUUAAUGGUGGUGGAUGAGGCCCAUCAGUUGAAAAACAGACAAUCGAAGCGAUUCAUCGAGUUGAAACAAUUUAUGGCUGAAUCGAAGUUACUCCUUAGUGGAACCCCGCUGCAUAAUAAUCUGGAGGAAUUGUGGACCCUGCUGCAUUUCCUCAACCCGCAGCAGUAUACACAUUAUGAGAACUUCCAAAAGAAGUACAACGAAAUUGAGAACACUAGUCUUAUCGGGGAAGCGAAGCAGAAGCAGCUGAUGCAGUUACAACAUGAGCUGCAUGAGGUUAUCCUGCGUAGAGUUAAGAAGGAUGUGGAGAAGUCUCUGCCAAAUAAGGUGGAGCGAAUCCUCCGAGUCGAGUUAUCACCCAUCCAGAUUGAGUUCUAUAAGAACAUUUUAACGAAGAAUUAUGAGCAGCUAGCCAAAGCAUCUGGUGGAGCGAAAAAUUCGCUUCAAAAUAUCUGCAUGGAGUUAAAGAAGGUGUGCAAUCAUCCCUUCCUCUGUUGCGAACCGGUUGACAAAGAUGAGUAUAAAGAACGAUUGGUUUAUUCGAGUGGGAAAAUCUGCCUUCUCGAGAAACUCCUAAUCCGAUUGAAGGAGAGAGGAAAUCGUGUGCUUAUCUUCUCCCAAAUGGUGAAGAUGCUAAAUAUCCUAAGUGAAUAUUUAACCCUACGAGGAUUCAAACAUCAGAGGUUGGAUGGAACCAUGUCGAAAGAAAUGAGGAAGAAGGCAAUGAACCAUUUUAAUAGCAAAAAUUCAGAUGACUUCGUCUUCCUCUUAUCGACAAAAGCUGGUGGGUUAGGAAUUAACCUCACAUCAGCAGAUACAGUGAUUAUUUACGAUUCGGAUUGGAACCCACAGAAUGACUUGCAGGCAGGGGCGAGAGCACAUCGAAUUGGACAAACGAAAACGGUGCAGAUAUAUAGACUCGUCACAAAGGACUCCAUUGAACAGACCAUCCUCGAAAGGGCAAAGGUGAAGAUGGUUCUUGACACUCUUGUCGUCCAGGGACUGAACAAGAAGCAAAAUGAUAACGUCAACGUCCUCGGUGGAGAAGGAGGAAAUACAUCCAACGGAUUUACCAGGGAGGAGCUAUCCAAAAUUUUAAAAUUCGGUGCACAGAAACUGUGGGAAAAAAACAGCUCCAAAUAUUCACCUCAAAAAAUGGAUGAAGAGGACAAAACAGCUAUCAAAGGGGUAGACGUGGACUUAGACAAAAUCUUGGAAGAAGCUGAGGCACAUGAAAAUGCCGACAAAGCCAACAAGGAUUUAAACUCCGAGCUGAAUAGCCUUCACAAUUCGAAUAACUUCUUUUCUGGGGGAAAUAACCUCUUUGGAAAUGGAACAGGAGGGAUUGCAUCCGAGGCAGGAGCAGGUGGAGGAGGAAUAGCUGAUGAUCUGCUUAGCUCCUACAAUAACAUCACCGAAUUUAAGUAUGAACCACCAGCCAAUCUGAAGACUAACAUUUAUAAUGACUCCACUAAGGCAGACGAGUUAGAAGAGGAAGAACAGAAUGACAAAGAUUUCUGGGAUCGAACUAUCCCACUAGAAGAGAGACUCAAAUUGAAGAGAAUGAAAGAGGAAGAGCUGCUAGUUCAUGGACCAAGGAAAACGAGAACACGAGAUAAUCAUAAUCGAAACAAUUCGUACGUGGAAUCCUCCGCCGUCAACACACAGAUGAUGAAUGACGAAGAUGAUGAUAGUGAGGAGUACACAAUAAAGUAUCAUGACAAGAAUAAACAUCUGAAGAAAAAAAGAAAAAGAAGGACCUCCACUCAUAUAACGGAGAAGGACAAAUUCCGACUCUACAGGUCUCUUCUCAAAUUUGGGAAUCCUUACUUACGUCUGGACGACAUCCAAGUUGAUUCGAAGCUGACCAAAGUGAACAAGAAUGUGAUACUAACCGAACUGAACCUCAUUGUGGACACGUGUAAGGAGAUUGUGGAAAAGGUUGCUAAGGAAAGCUCCUUGAAGGUGAAUGAGGAGGGUGGACUCGUCGCAGCGGAAGCGGCGGAUGAGGAGGAGGAUGAAGAAGAAGGAGGAAGGACUGUCAAACGAGUGAAAGACGACGAGGCGGAUAUUAAGCUGUUGAAGGAGGAGGAGAAUAAUCACACCACUACGACUACUGAUAGCAACCAUUUGACAGUCGCCUCGUGUGAUGACUCCAAUGGGAAGAAGUUAGACGAGGGAGCUAAUGACGAGGGCCUUGUCGCCGAUCGUGCCGCUGAUGGUGCCAAGUCUUACGAGGAAAAGAGAAGGCAACUCGGAACGAAGGGAAGGAAAUCCUUGAAAGGUGGCUCGUCCGAGGGUGUUGCUGAUGGGGCCGAGGCUGCGGAGGGGGAGGCAGCCGAGGGGGAAGCAGUCGCGGGAGGAGCCGUAGCAGGAGGGGGUCUCUUUUCGGGCUUCCUGAAUUUGGUGAAGGGCCAGGGUGGCGAAGAGAAGGUUGCAACAGUGAAGGGAGAAAUGAAGAAAGAGACGAAGGAGGCGAAUGGAGCGAAAGAGGCGAAGCAAGCGAAGGAGCCGGACGAACUGAACGGAAAGGAAAAUGAUAACAACUCCAAUGAGGACAGCGAUGGAAACAAUAAGACCAAGGGCAACGAACGGGGAAGGAAAAUAGACGCCUAUACCUUCUACAUUGGCACCAACAGAGCCAACGCCCUGGACCUGUGUCAACGCCUCCAGUUAUUUAAAAGCCUGCACGAGUUUGUCAAGGAGCAGAAUGGUGGAAACGAGUACAGCUUCAGGCUUCCCCUGAGAAGCAGUAGCAGCAGCGCGAGCACCAAUGUGUCCUCCGGUGUUGUGGAGGAGGGGAAGAAGAGUCAGCAGGGGCAGCAGUUGCAGGAGAAAACCGAGUUAGACGGUGAGGUCAAGGGCGAAAUGAAAGCCGAAGUGAAGGCUGAAGGAGACGUAAAGAAAGAACCUGUGAGCGAUCCACUGCCUGAAGUGAGCGGCGACUACCUAAAACUGAAGCUGCCCGACUAUAUAUUUAACCAUUUGAGAGACCUCGCGACGAAAGAUGUGAAGGCAUGGUCAAACGAAGACGACGAAAAUUUAAUCAAAGGGGUAUACGUAUAUGGGUUCGGAUCGAUUAACGAAAUCUGCUCCGAUGUGAACCUAAACCUUGGUCACAUCAAAAAUGUCAAGUGUGAUAAAGUGAAGAUGAGGUGUGUACGCAUUUUGAAGAUGAUUGAAGAGUUUAACUCCAACGUUAAGGACGAGACGACUAGCAAGAAGCGUAGAAGGGUACGCAACAGGAACAGGAACAAGAACAAUGACGUGGUUGAAGCCCACGGGAAAGGCGUGGGUUCCAGCGGAGGAACAACCAGUCACAGGAAGAUGAAACAGGAGCAGGAAGAAACCGGAGCGAUAGACGCAGGAACCGCAACGACAGGGGGGACAAACAGCCAGGUGAAGGGAAGCAGUGGAAGUAAUCCUAGGCAAAGCUACUACAGCAGGAGGAGCAGCGAAAGGGUGAAAUCUAUUUACAUGAAUGAUGAUAGGGAAGACGGAGUGGUUACCAAGAAGAGAGCUGUUUGCCUCCCAGGAGGAUUCCUAAAAAGGGGAGAAAAGGUGGAAAAGGUGGAAAAGGCAGAGCAGAUCAAUGGGGGGGAGAGUACCCUUCAUAGCGAGCGAAGGAAAGGCAGCACACGAUCGUCAGGGUCAGCAGCCAAAGGUGAAAGGAAUGCCAACCAUAGCCACAACAACAGCGGUGGUGUGGGAAUCGUGGGGGGCUUGCGAAGCCUUGGCAAUAUUGGAAGCUUUGGAAGCCUUGGAAGCAAUACCAUUAAUAGCCGCAGGAGCAACAACCACCCGGGGGGUGGAGAGGCCUCAGAGUGCCCCUCGUCCAACGAAAACAAAAGUUUUGGCAGUAAAGAAGAUGGAGAACAAGCCGUCAAAGGUAUUAUGGGUGCCCCAGGGGCAACAGAGAGCGGCAUUGCGACCAGGAGAAGUCACAGAAGUAGUAGUAAUACUGCUAAGAAGUACAACAUGGCCAACGACGAGGGUGAAAUAAUGACUCGAAGGAAAAGCUCCCGAGUGAGGAGAGGAAAGAAUGAAGCAUCUCCUCUUUCCACAGGGAAAAACAAUGCAGUUACCGCAAAUGAAGAUGAAUACUUUGACCGUUACGCGGAGAUGGACAUUAAUCCCGAGGGGGGAGAAGGAAUAGGAACCCAGGAGGGAGAAGAUAAGCAGAUGGUGGAGGGCGAAAUGGAGGAGCAGAUGGAAGGCCACAUGGAUGACCAAGUCGAUAGUGAGGAGGAAAGAAAGAGGGAAAAGAAACAUUUAAAAAAAAAAAAAAAAAAAAAAAAUUAUCAGAUGAUGAAGUGUUGCAUAAAAUUCAAAGCUGCAAUUUGA